UCAUGUGACAAAUUGUAAGUGAAGCGUACCAGUACGCAGGUAGAUACUUGCGUUGUGAUUUAGAGCUGGAAGUGGAUUCCUGCAGUAUUCGAUCACAUCUGCCCCAGAAAUGGAAUCCGAUAAAGAUAAUAACGAGAGAGAUCAAGAAUCAGUUGAAAUGAUGGAAAUACACGAAUCCAAAUCUAAAGAGAGAGGAGAGAAAGAGUACUGGAGCUCGCAAACUGACUAUCUUCUCUCCCUGAUUGGAUUUUGUGUUGCCCUUGGAAACGUGUGGCGAUUUCCCUAUAUCUGCAACAGGAAUGGGGAGGGGCGUUCUUGAUUCCCUUCAUGGUGUGUCUGGUGCUGUGUGGUCUACCAUUGUUCUUCCUUGAGGUGGCCCUGGGGCAGUUUACAGGACGUAGUGCAAUGCAUACGUGGAGUCUUUGCCCUCUAGUGAAAGGACUUGGGGGUGGCAUGUUGAUCUUCUGUACUGGGUUCGUGAUCUACUCCACAGUCAUCUGUGCAUGGUCUUUGUACUAUGCAUUCUUCUCCCUGAGGUCAGUUCUUCCGUGGACAUCCUGCAGCAACUCCUGGAACACCGAGGCAUGUGUGACGACUGUGAAGCACCUGAACCAAGUAUUCAGUGGAGUUACAAAUGGGUCCAGUCACUACAACGCUACCACCUCCAACACAUCAUUUGUCUAUGAAGGAUUGAAAAACAGAUCUGUGACGGCAGCUGAAGAAUUUUGGCAACACAAAGCACUUGAAAUUACCAGAGGCCUGGAGUAUCUCGGUCCAAUCAAAAUGGAGCUGGCACUUUGUCUACUUGCCUCAUGGAUUGUCGUCUUUUUAUGCACAAUCAAAGGCGUCCGAUCUGUUGGAAAGGCUGUCUAUGUGACAGCUACAUUUCCCUACAUCAUCCUGAUUGUUCUUCUGAUACGUGGCCUGACUCUGCCCGGGGGAACAGAUGGAGCCCUCUUUUACAUCACACCAAACUUCAGCAAACUUCUGGAGAUACAGGUGUGGUUAGAGGCGUGUCUCCAGGUGUUCUACUCCCUGGGUCCGGCCUGGGGCUGUAUCAUAACAAUGUCGAGUUACAACAAAUUCAACACAAACUGUCUCAGGAACGCUGUGUUUUGCACAUUUGUGUGCGAAGGAACAAGCAUGUUUGCGGGUCUUGUAAUAUUCUCAAUUCUUGGAUUCAUGGCACAUGAAGCUGAUGUGCCCAUAAUGGAUGUCGUUUCAUCAGGACCUGGAUUAGGCUUUGUGAUCUACCCAGAAGUCCUUGCUCAACUUCCGAUUCCGCAGCUGUGGAGUUUCAUCUUCUUUAUCAUGCUGAUAAUGCUGGCACUGGAUUCCAUUUUCUCAGCAGCUGAAACUUGUAUAACCGCUGUCACGGACGAGUUCCGUUACUUGUUGAAGUGGAGAGUUUUGCUAACAGCAGCUUAUUGUUCGGUGUGUUUUCUGGCUGGCCUGGUAAUGACGACUCAGGGGGGUGUAUACGUAUUUCAGUUGCUAGACUGGUACCUCUUCUCUCUGUUCCUCAUCUUCUGUGGUUGUGUAGAGUGUAUAGUAGUUUCAUGGGUCUAUGGGGUGGAUCGUUUCAGCGACGACAUUCAGAUGAUGAUUGGCAGACCAGCACCACUGUUCUUCAAGAUCACGUGGUGUUAUGUUACACCAUCCAUGCUUCUGAUUACCCUAAUCUUCACCUUUACUCAGUACGAACCUCCAACCUAUGGACAGUAUGUCUUCCCGGGCUACGCCUCAAGCAUUGGUUGGUGUAUUGCAGCCGUCCCAAUGUUGCCAGUAGGCGUGAUGAUGGUUAUUGCUAUUUACCGGGCAAAGGGGAACAUUUGGCAGAAAAUAAAGACGUCCUUAGAACCAGAUGCAGGAUGGGGGCCAACUAAUGCUUUCUAUCGCACCUGUUACCUUAAGAAACGAAAACAACCCAAGUCACUGAGACGUGUUUUGAUGUCUUCAGUGUCAUGUCGAUCGUAGAAAAAAGCAUUGAGAAAAUACCAUCCUAAUAUUACAAAAUAGACUGUAGCUGACACGUGUGUCAAUGAUUCAAUCAAAUUUAAUAAAACGUUCAUUCCAAUGUAAUAACUGGCAAUGUCCGCUUUUCUUACAUGUUAAUUAGUUUCAAAGUAUUGUUUCAUUCGUAUUAUUUCUUACAUUUAUGGAGAAUAAUGUGAUUGUCUUUGAAAAUAUUUUUGAGUUGUUGUGCCAGGGUGCAUAUGGAAAUGGUUUGGUGAUGGGAGCCUCAGAAAGUCAUCUAGGUGACAUUUUGGGAAUGCCCCUAGUGCUGUGCUUACUAAGCCCAUCUUCCAAUAACUACUGGAGGUUAACACCCACCCUUUGUUAACACAUAAGACAUGUUCAUUUUCACAACUUACACUCACAGCAUACAUUGUCGUAUAAAAUGAUAGACCCAAGUACUGAGGGGUACUGAUGUGACAAAUCUAAAGCCACAUGCCAGAAGCAUGACAUUAUAGGAGGAGAAGGACAUGGGUAUCGACAUGUUAAAACAUCUGCCUUGUUUAGGGGCAGUGUGGUAGCCUAAUGCUUAAAGCGUUCGCUCGUCACGCCAAAGACCCGUCUUCGAUUCU